CGCAGAAAACGCUGGCGUACUUGAGCUGUCCGCAAUGGCGGGCACAGGUUUAGUGGCCGGAGAGGUUGUGGUGGAUGCGCUGCCGUACUUCGAUCAAGGUUAUGAGGCGCCUGGAGUGCGGGAAGCGGCUGCGGCACUGGUGGAGGAGGAGACUCGCAGAUACCGACCUACUAAGAACUACCUGAGCUACCUGACCGCCCCAGACUACUCUGCUUUUGAAACUGACAUAAUGAGAAAUGAAUUUGAAAGACUGGCUGCUCGACAACCAAUUGAAUUGCUCAGUAUGAAACGAUAUGAACUUCCAGCCCCUUCCUCAGGUCAGAAAAAUGACAUUACUGCAUGGCAAGAAUGUGUAAACAACUCUAUGGCUCAGUUAGAGCAUCAGGCAGUUCGAAUUGAGAAUCUGGAACUAAUGUCACAGCAUGGAUGUAAUGCCUGGAAAGUAUAUAAUGAAAAUCUAGUUCAUAUGAUUGAACAUGCACAGAAAGAACUUCAGAAGUUAAGGAAGCAUAUCCAAGAUUUAAACUGGCAGCGAAAGAACAUGCAACUCACAGCUGGAUCUAAAUUGAGAGAAAUGGAGUCAAACUGGGUAUCUCUGGUCAGUAAGAAUUAUGAGAUUGAACGGACUAUUGUGCAACUGGAAAAUGAAAUCUAUCAAAUUAAGCAGCAACACGGAGAGGCAAACAAAGAAAACAUCCGGCAAGACUUCUGAAAAGGGCUGGUGGUGUGACUCACGUGGUAGAGCUUUUGGCUAGCAAGCGCAAGGCCCUGAGUUCAAACCCCAGUACUCUCACACACACACAAAAGACUUCUGAAAAGACUAAUUUGGUGGGUAGAAAGGAAGAAAAGUUGAGCUUUCACAAAAUAUCAGGCAUCUGAACUAUGAAGGACAACAGCCUGUCACAGAAACCAUUGAUGGUGAGAUGUUUAGAAACCACAGAACAUGUGUACCAUUGUAUUAAUUCUAUUUGUAUUUCUUAGCAAAAUAAAGAUUUUCAACUUGGUGGUAUUUUUAUAGCUAUAAAAAUUGAGGUUUUCAUAAUAAGUAUGACUUUAGAAUAAUAUUGUUUGAGAAUUAAUUUUAAGCAACUUGGACCAUAUUUAGUAGCUCAGGUCCUUUUAAGACUUCCAACAUUGUAAGAAGCUGGGAACUUUUAGUUUAUGAUUUUGUCUAAUAAAGAAGUAGUUCUAAACAUACUCUUGAUCCACCAAAUGUAAUGAUUAAUCUUGGUUGUCACCUUGACUGGAUUGAGAGACACCUAGAAAAUUGGUAUCUAGAGAAUU